UUUAGCCAGUGUAUCAUCUCACUGGACCUGCAUAUUCAUAUUAAGAAUCUUUGGAAUUUGUGUUUUUAUUAUAAUUGAAUAGUACCUGACAGUGCUACAAAACAUUUCAAUGUCUUAACAAUCAUUCUACAUUAGAUAUACUCUCCCUCCACCCACUUUUUUUUUUUUUAACUAUAGGGCAUCUCCUGAUUACCAAAUAACACUGAUGGAGAAUGGAACAGAAGUGACAGAGUUUAUCCUCCUAGGAUUAACUAAUGCCCCAGAACUGCAGGUCCCUUUAUUUAUUAUAAUCAGCCUUAUCUAUUUCAUCAAUGUGAUUGGAAACUUAGGAAUGAUUGUGCUGAUUCUCUGGGACUCCCGACUCCACACUCCCAUGUAUUGUUUCCUUGCUAACUUGUCUCUGGUGGAUGUCUUUUACUCCUCAGCUGUCACUCCAACAGUUUUGGCUGGACUUCUAGUAGGAAGCAAGGUUGUCUCCUACAAUGCCUGCGUUGCUCAGAUGUUCUUAUUUGCAGCCUUUGUCACUACAGAAGAUUUCCUUUUGGCUGCAAUGGCCUAUGAUCGCUAUGCAGCAGUGUGUAAGCCCCUGCAUUACACCACCACCAUGACUCCAACUGUGUGCAUAUGUCUGACCAUGGCCUGCUAUGCUGGUGGUUUCGUGAAUUCCUCCAUACAUACUGGGGACACGUUCAAGCUUUCCUUCUGUGGGUCCAAUGUGGUCCAUCACUUUUUCUGUGAUGUCCCAGCAGUCAUGGUUCUCUCCUGCUCUGAUAGGCAUAUCAGUGAGAUGGUGCUUGUUUAUGGAGCAAGCUUUGUCAUCUGUUCUGCACUGCUCCUCAUUUUGAUAUCCUACACGUUCAUCUUCAUCACCAUCUUCAAGAUGCGUUCAGCUGCCGGAUACCAGAAGGCCAUGUCCACCUGUGUUUCUCACUUCACUGCUGUCUCCAUUUUCUAUGGGACUCUAAUUUUCAUGUACUUACAACCCAGCUCCAGCCACUCUAUGGAUACUGACAAAACUGUGUCUGUGUUCUACACCAUGGUCAUACCCAUGCUGAACCCUGUGGUCUACAGCCUGAGGAACAAAGAGGUGAAAAGUGCAUUCAAGAAAGUUGUGGAGAAAACAAAACAUUCCCUAGGAUUUUGAGUUAAGCAUUGUAUGGUGCUCUGUAAUGAAGCUUCAUGCCUCUCAGAUCUUCUCUAGGUACCUUGCAACAUUUCAGGUCUGCACUGAUUUAAGUAGAAGAAGCAAUACUUUUAUCUUUUCAUAUUUUUGUUUUUUAUAAAACAGAAACAAUGAAGUAAAUGCAAUAAUUGUUUUAGAAUG